CAAACACCUCUCCUUCAAGUUAACACCGACCCAAACAAGCAGGAAACAGGAAAUGUUCAGGUUUCAGGAGGCUGAAGCCUAGCGCAGCAUCAUGCCGGCGGAGCAAGAACCGAGGCCAGCGGACAUGAAGGCUCCCCGCGCGGCCCCCGUCUUUGCCCUGCUGGUAAUUGCGCUUCUUCACACUGGCCAGGCUCAAGGUUUUUUUGAGGAACCAGAACAGUCAGCCGACAUGCCCCAGGAAGCAGAGCUCCCAGAUGAAGGGACUACUCUUAGCACCUUUGCUGCAGUGACCACAGAAACAUUAACUGCAAAUACAAGUUCUACCCCAAAUGAUGAGGAUGCAAAUCAGUUAGAGUUUGUAUUCAUGGUGAUGAUCCCAUUGAUUUUACUGGCCUUCCUAUUUUUAUCAGUGGUAUUCUUUGUAAUAUACUAUAGAAGAAAAAGAACUAAAGAAGAGCCUUCUAGCCAAGGAUCUCAGAGUGCUCUACAGACAUAUGAAAUGGGAAGUGAAAACGUGAAGGUUCCUAUUUUUGAGGAAGACACACCUUCUGUUAUGGAAAUAGAAAUGGAAGAGCUGGACAAGUGGAUGAACAGCAUGAAUAGAAAUGCUGACAAUGAAUGUUUACCUACUUUAAAGGAAGAAAAGGAGUCAAACCACAACCCAAGUGACAAUGAAUCCUAAAGCUGAAUGGUGCUAAUGUUUUCCAAGAGAAGCAGCCCUGGAGGGAGCCUGCUGGGCUUGCCAACAGAGGAUGAAGAGGAUACAAAUUUAAUUAAUUUCAAAUCAACAUAGACACAGAAACCUUUUUGCUGUUUCUUCCAACACCCACUCUUCCUAACGAUGGCAUCACCUGUCCUUGGAAGAAUGCGCAGUUGUGAAGUCCUGGGAAAAGGCCUGGCUGACGUACAUGUGAGGGCGAGGAGCCGUAGGAUGCGUCCACCUCUGAUCAGUGGCGGUUCCCCCCACUCAGCCCGUCUAGCUGACCGUACUCACUCCGGCCUUGCUAAGUCCUCGUUACCUUUCUGCCUCAUUCCUCAGGGUAUAAAUCAGAAGCUGUUUUAUCUAUGGUUGCUUUGGGGUCACCUUAUUACCUAAUUAGCUCUGGAUAAUUUCCUCUGAUUAGUCAGCUCCUCUGAUAGGUGAACUGCGUUCAGCAGGAACUUUUCUCAAGGCAACUUAUGUCAUGGAAAAGACCGUGAACAAAGAAGGUGUUUCACGGCAUACACUAUCCCAGGGGGCUGGAAAACUCAUUUCUACCUGCCAAGAGGGCACAGUGAGAGAGUCCGCAGUCCAGAGGGGAUGCCAUUUGGUGACUGAAUUGGCCAGAUCCAGUCACCCUUGGGAACUUCUCUGAGGAGUAGGAAUCUUGGAUGAAAAAGCAAACCAUAUUUUUUCUCAACUAAAAUCACUUACUUGUUCACAUUUUCCCAAAGCCCAUUCUUGUUCUCACCACACGGGGUUGUGUGUGACAGGCAGGCAGAUAGGGAGUAUGUGCAGGGCGUGGUGCGGGGGGUCAUCUGUCACUCUUCUACCUCUCUGAGAUCUUUAAAGUUAUUACAAACAGAAUAGUAGUAGGAAUUACCAGUCCCGGAGGCAGCUAUUACUCAUCACACUCAGUGUUCUUUCCUGCCCAGUCAGGACAGGCCUCAACAUCCUCAACACAGCUCUCCAGGGGGUCCCUAUCAGUCCAUCAGGGAUGACAUUCUACAUGAUAUCUGGUGACACCCUCAUGCUAGAAGCAAUGGCGCAAAAUGCAGAAGGGCCUGUUUAUCACACCUACUCACAUAAGGUCAAUCUCCACUUAAUCCUUAAUUUUAAAAUUCUGACCUUUAAAGCCAUCUAGCAAAUUGGAAGUCCUCAGGUAUUCUACGGAAACCUGAUAUUCUAUUCCAGGAAAGAAACAAAGAAUGAUAAAUUUACUCCCCACGUAUAAACCUAGGGAAUACGAGGUUCCCCAGACAUUAGCUGCUGAAUUUGGGGGUCUUGUGUUUGAAAGAGUGCCUUAAUGCCUAACAAAAACUGCUCCUCUUCUCCCUUUCAGAAUCCUUUUUACUAGUAUUUGCCUUUUGAAUUAUGCCCAUAAUUUUACAAGCAGUGUUUGAAGCUAGGGAGGUCUUUACACACAACGGAAGAGAACUAUUUGGUUCUGUUUAACCAUUGCUCUUCUGCUAUCUGGGACCUUCAUAGAGCUUUGGCAAAAGACAGUCUUCAUUGCAUAGGACUUCAACAGAUUUGCCUGUCGUAGUCUUGUUAGCACAUCCUAAUGUGGCACCUCUGCUUUCACUGCUGUUUUGCAAAUUCAUAUUCAACUUGUGUUCCAUGGUGACUCUCGGAUAUUUACGCCAAAAUUGCCGUUUCCUGCAGCAUGAUUUCUAUUUUGUUAUUUGGUUUUUUUGCUCUCAACAUUUUGACUCUCAGAAGAGUCUCUGAUUGCUUCUUUCUACGUAUCUCAGAUUUUUGCUGUAAAUAUUUAGGCCUGUAAACUUCUACCCUAUCAAAUAAUGGACUUCAGAAGUUCAAAAACGAGUAAGGAUUCUUGUAAAUGUACUUUGAUGAAGCAAUAUUUUUUAAAUUAAGGUAUCAUUGAUAUACAAUCUUAUGAAGGUUUCACAUGAGCAACAUUGUGGUCACUACAUUCACCCAUAUUAUCAAGUCUCUUCCCAUACCCCCUUGCAGUCACUGCCCAUCAGCAUAGUAAGAUGCUACAGAGUCACUACUUGUCUUGAUGAAGCAAUAUUUUGUGGUAUGAUAAAAAUAUUCUCAUUUACUAUUUAAAAUAACCUCAAAUUCCAGAAGACGCAAGCUUCAGCAGCAUGUCAUUGAAUUUAUAUCUGGAAAAUGUCCUAACCUCUAUAAUUGCACAGUAUACAAGUCACUUUUUUAAAAGAUAAUUUAUUCUGGCAAGGUAAAGUUAGUAUGGGCCAACACAGCCAAGGGUCAAUCCUAGCACCCUAUAUCUCUUAUUACUAUUCAGUCAAUAGACAUCAGAUAUUUAUGAUAAUUUCAAUAGUUGCUUUUUAAUUAACCCAAGCUUAAUUUUAUGUUUCAGGUUAUUGUUAGUUCUUCAUUAAUGUACCCUAAUUGGGAAGCCAAUCAGAGCAAAGUCUGACUUUAGGAUAUUUUAAAGAUGCAUAAGUUUCACUGCAUUUUUGUACAUUUCACACAAACUAGGUUAACAACAAUGCCUUGUCAAGCUCCUCAGGAAACUUUUUAAUAAAUAUGUAAAAGCAUCAGUCUGUUAUUCUUAACUCAGUGAUGUGAGUCCUCUCUCUGGGAAGGUCAUUGUUAUCCAAACACAAGCAUUCAAUGUGGAUCAACUUUGAUAUGCAGGGGAUGAUAGACGCUUCUGCUGAACACCCUGUAGCUCUAGCAAUGGAAAUGGAUGCUUUAGAAGAUACUUUUGUCUAUUCUUUUGGUUGGUUAAGCUAUCAGUUGGCACCAUCUCUGGAAGGGCCUUAUGUUGCAUACACACGAAAUGUAGACUUUAGUUUCAACUUCUUUCAGAAUUAAUACAAAUUCUAAAUAUAGUGGAGUGAUAAGAUAUGGUUUCAUGCUGGGAUGACACUGCUGAAAUUCUCAUUGUGGGGAAAACAUCGGAAUUUUAUACAAAAUUAAAUUUAUACACACUACUUUCUCACACUCAAGAGAUACUCAGGAUUAACUCUGGGUUUUCAUUUAAUAGGUACAAUAGGCAGUCUAGAGUAGCUUCACACAUACGUUACCUUUCUUUGGUCUUGCAAUAACCAGACUAGUCACUGUAUAUUGGAAUGGAGUGGAAUUAGUCAAAUUGAUUAGUAACAAUUACACCCAACCAACCAGUUGCUUGAAUUUUUUUUUUUUUUGAGAAGCUCUUUGACAUUGCCUUGAUACUUACUGUCUUGUCUGGCACCAAAAUUUUAUUUUCCUCUUAGCCUUUUGAGGGUGGUUAUUUAUAAUUUCAUCAAGGGGGUUUGGUUUUUUUUUGCCCCAUUACCUUUUCAAAAUAACAUGUCAUGCUCAUGAGAUAGCAGUCUGUAGAAUUAUAUAAAGUAGAACUUUUUUACCAACUCUACAGACACUCUAACCUCUUCUUGAUGAUAUUUUAACUGAAAUUCCUAAACCGAAGCACUUAUGAUAACAUGAAAACUUUGAUCUCAGUGCUGAGCAAGAUUAGAAAUACAACGUCAAGCUAUUGAUGACCACCAAAGGUGAACGGGUUCUUUUUAUAGUUGGACUUCAGGUGCACGGAGCUCACUUAAUCACACUUCCCAGUUCACAUCACAUUAUCACAUUAUCAUCACUGGCCUUUGGUAUUUUAUAAAUAAAUUAUUGGACUUUUUACAAAAAAGCAUAUUCUUGGCAUUUUUCACUUCUUUGGUCUGCAUGGACAGUACUAAAUGAAUGAUGCAUAGAUACUACAAGGAGUAAGGAACAUUUUUUCCAGUAUAAAGAUAGUUGAGAGUAAUCACUCUAUUAGCUUGACUUAGGUGAAACCCCUGAAAUUAUAAGUAAUAGCAGGACCACAUUAAAACUCUGCAUGUUUAAUAAAUGCCAGCUUUCAAAAAAAAGUGGGAAUUCUAGUUAUUCAGUAAGUGAAAAAAUAAUCUGAUAGAUCAGUUAUAAUUUAGUAUGUGUGUCUCUUGUUUUUAAAGUUAAGUAAAAAUAAUGAAAAAAAAAUACCGUGUUAGCUUGUCUCAUUUUACAAGCAAUUUAAGUAUUUCCUGAGGAGGUUGGUGAGAUCAUCAUAUGUCAUAUUUAUUUAUCACUUGGGUUCAGUGUAUAAAUUCUGACCUGUAAGCUUCAUAUAAGAAAUGAUACCAUUGCUACUGAUUAGAACUGAUUUGCAACAUUACCAAAGCUUUAAGACUGAUUGAAGGUUUUAGUUUUUUUCUCCUACCUUGCCUGCUGAAAAUAAUAUAUAUGUAGUAUUUUUCCUUCGUAACUUAUGUCAGGUAUACAUGUGUAUAUGUAUAAAUUAUAUUACCAGCCCCAAUGUUUUUAAUAAAAAUAAGUAAGUUCAUGUUUACAUGCUGUUGCUCACUAAGCAGUGAUAGACUGAAAAGUAUUCCUAAAUUUCAUUGAAAAAUGAAGCACUAUAAAAUGGGAGGCAAGAAUAUCCCCCACAUUAGUUUUCUAUGUAAUUAGUAUAUAUCAAUAUUUAGAAUAAAUAUUUAUUUGAAGGUAAGAUAUUUGUUUACUAAAAUGUUAUUGACUAAGAAUAAAGGGGUGAAUUAUG